CAGCCAAACUAUGUGCAAGCGAAGCAGUGUCACGUCAGAAUAUACGGAAAACAAGGAGACGUCUGAUACAUUCAAUGGUUGUACCAACUCGUUUCUUCUCUGUACAAGAUUCCACUAAAGUUGUGAACCUCAAGACCGCCAGCACACAAGGUCUUCUGAUACCCUGAGCAAGAAUACAUCAGAUACAGACUCUGGCCUGGUGUGGCAGCAGACAACCUCAUCACUGACGUUUGCUCUUUAUAACCUUUCACCUUUGACCCUGUGAGUGACCCCCCACCCACACCAUGAAGCUUGAGAAGUCGCCCAGCUCAGCGAGCUUAACGAAUGGUGAUGCCGCAGACAAGCCCAGUACGUACCAUUCUUGGUUGCACAGUAGAGGGGUGUUGUUCUCUUACGUCGUCGGUGUGUAUGGCAUGCACCUGUUCCUCCUCAGUCUGCCUUUCUUAAGUGUGAGCACAGUGUGGACAUUGACAACUGUGGUACACAGUGUGGUGACAUACUUCUUUUUUCACCAUGUGAAAGGGUCCAUCUGGGCAGACAGUCAAGGCAGUGAGAGAUACCAAACACAAUGGGAACAGAUAGACAAUGGAGAGCAGUUCACAUCAACACGAAAACUCCUCACCUUAGUUCCUGUAGUCUUAUUCUUCCUGGCGAGUUUUUACACAAAGUACGGCUACUACCAUUUCCUGGUGAACUGUGCCGCCCUCCUCCUCGGAGUCGUCCCCAAGCUCCCCAUGUUUCAUGGUUUCAGACUCUUUGGCAUCAACAAGUACUGACACCCUUCAUCCAUCCUACUUGUGUAUGGGCUAUGGUAUCUUCGAGAGAGCAAAGUGCUAAUGAAAAUACUUAACAGUGGUGAACUCGGGCCAUGAAAGGCUGUUUGAAUGAUAAAUGGCGGAAAAAUCAAGAGGAGCAGAUCAGUGAAAGUUGAGAAAAAUACCGGCCUGUGAUUUUGAUAUUUUUUACGAUGAGGCCACUUUCCAUUGGGCAAAUUUGUAUAUUAUAUCAAAAAUGGGUAAAAGGAAAAAAGGGUACAAUAAAUCUCCAAGGCAGAUAAGAUUGCAUCAAGGUCAACAGGGCAUCCAUAACCAUGGACUUUAUUGAUCUUGGAUUAAUUUAAGCCUUUACAAUAUGAAAAAAAAAUGAAAAUCCAUAUUUCAUUCUUUGAAAUGGUAUCUGCAUAUAGAAAUACCCCUUAAAAUUAUUUUUGCCCAAUCUAUUGUGGGCCCGGCAGCCACUAUGCAGCACCAAAUCGACAUAGAUCUAUCCCUUAUUUUGUUGAAUGCCAAACAGGGUAGCAGGAGCAACUCCCAUCUUUUAAUGUAUUUUAGUCUGAUGCGGUCCGGGCUUGAACUCCCUACCUCCCGGUAUGUGAGACGAACACUCUACCAACUGAGCCAAUACACCAGUUGAACAAUUAUUAAGGAUUUGGGUGAUAAAUCAAAAUGAAGAGCUGUUGCUAUCACCAGGCCAGCCACUGGAAUUUGAACUUCAGAUAAAAGGUUCAAAUCCUGUAAUAGCACAAACAUCAUUUGCAAGGAAUAGCUACAUGGGAGGGGG